UUACAUACGAUGAUUAAUUUUCCAAUGGGGCUCAAUAACGCUUCAAAUAGAAACCAAGUCGCUGGAAGCAAUCAGAGUUUAUCCAGAUCCAAAGUUUAGGUCUAAUUAGGCUGUAUAACGGUCAUUUUGUUGAGCACAUAUAAUAAAUUAUGGAAUAUUUCAUAUAUAGGUACAUAUAAUUAUGUAAUUAUAAUUCAAACUUAACAGUCGCAUUCAAGUGAUUUCUAAUUUCUCUAGAAGCUAAUUCUUUUUUGCAUUUUUAAAGUACAGAGAGUCCUGGGUACAAGGUUUACUCUCUGGCGGUUUGAAUCUACUUGGUAGAUUCAUCUCCCAGCAAUUGUUAUAAACAUUUUGGAUUAAUUUCUUCAAAGUAUUUUUGCCACCUGGUAUCUUACUAAUUACAUAUCACAUUGCCACAUGUUUGUCCAAAUGACAUGUUAUGUCAAAUCAUUUAUUCGAUCGUUCACAUUUGUUGACUUUUUUCCCGAAAGAAAUUGAAUUGUGAAUUUUUUCGGCUUAAAAUGACUUAAAAAUUGUUUGCAUUAUGAGCUUCUAUCACAGUGAAAACGCUACAGAUAAUAUCCCAACUAUUAAGAACAUAGAAGAUUAUGAUGAGCGCUGCGUUGCAGAAAUGGGUUCCCAAAGAGUAGAAAAAAAUGAAGCGGAAUUCCACUUAGCAAACGAGUCGAUCGUAGUGAGUCCCAGAUCGACUCAUAGUGGAGCAUCAUCCAGCGAAGUUUUU